CUCGGGGGAAGAUUUUCUCUGCCGGACUUGUUCAGACGCGACUCGUUUUGCGCCGGACAUCCACGCGCCAUGCCGACCGACACCAAACGCGUUCGCGGCCCAGAAGCUUCCCAGAGUCCGUCUCUGUUUGCGUGCGCACCGGCGGCCCUUGCUCCCUCGCGCGGGCCCCGGGCCGACGGCCGGCAGCGGGACCAGGUGGACGUCCGGCCCGUGUUCGUCCGCUGCGGGCUGGUGAGCCAGGCGAAGGGCUCCGCGUACAUCGAGGCUGGAAACACCAAGUUGAUGUGCUGCGUUUACGGCCCCAGAGAAACGGAGCGGAAAGAUGAGACCAACAUGAAAUGUGGAAGGUUGAUGGCUGAUAUGCGUUUCGCUCCAUUCUCCUGCCUGGAGAGGGGCUCCUGGAUUCAGGGGAGCCAUGAGAAGGACCUCUCCCUGAUGCUGCAUGAGAGCCUGCAGCCAGCGGUUUGCCUCCACAAAUAUCCCCGCGCUCAGAUCGAGGUCAACGUGAUGGUUCUUGAGAACGGCGGUUCCGCUCUGGCCCACGCAGUCACCUGCGCGUCACUCGCUCUCGCAGACGCCGGGAUCGAAAUGUACGAUCUGGUGCUCGGCUGUUCCAUGCGCCAGGAUGGCACCUCUUACGCGGUCGACCCUUCUUACGCGGAGGAAAGCGGCUGCGGCUCGGUCGGCAGCGACAACCGGGGCGGUCUGACCGUUGCAUUCCUCCCAAGCCUGAACCAGAUUUCUGGGCUGCAGUCAGAUGGAGAAAUGGCUGAAGAGACUUUGACAGCCGGGGUGCGGACCUGCAUCGAGGGAUGCUAUAAACUGUACCCGGUCAUCCAACAAGCCCUGUCCAAGGCUGUGCGCAGGGUGGCGCCCCCGCCAUCGGAGAGCUGAGAGACUCUGUCACCAAGAACUACUCAGUUCCAAGCUUUUCUACUUUACGACUUUGAGUCCUUAAUUUGACAACACAGCCUAUGAUUGCAAUUAUAUUUUUGAAAUGGAAAUGUUUCAGUGUGUUUUCCAUUAAAUAAUUUGCCAAUGCA